GAGGAGUAUGGCAGAGUACUGUGAGUGAAGUAGUGGCAGGGUUAGCUUACCUAUUCUUUAAGUAUUACGAUAUCUGGGAGAGAGCAAACUGAACCUUUUGGCAAGCAAUGGAGGUUUCGAUUCCUACUGUGAGCUAGCACUGGCGGUACUUCUAUCACUGAUGACUCUGGGGUUGUAGCACAAAGGAAAUAACUGUUGCUAGCUUUUUUCACAUCUACACUUUACAAUGGCCGGUGGUAUUACUGAAACUGGAGAGCUCUAUUCUCCCUAUGUGGGAAUGGUGUACAUGUUUAACUUGAUUGUCGGGACCGGAGCCCUAACUAUGCCAAAAGCCUUUGCAACUGCUGGAUGGGUUGUCAGUCUUGCCUUAAUCAUCUUCCUUGGCUUCAUGAGUUAUAUGACAACGACAUUUGUGAUCGAGUCAAUGGCUGCUGCAAAUGCACACUUACGUUGGAAAAGAAGAGAGAAGAAGAAAGCAGAUGAUGAUGCUGAUUCCUCCCCUGGUGUCUCAGAUGUGGAAGAUGAUGAUGUGGUGAUCCGUGGAGCAUCAGAGACACGACCUAUUUUGUCAGUGCAAAGAAGUGGAUCCUGUGACAGCUUUAACAUUGAAGAACGUGUAGAAAUGGGACAGAUGGCUUCCAUGUUUUUUAACAAAGUGGGAGUCAACAUGUUUUACAUCUGUAUUAUUGUCUACCUCUAUGGGGACCUGGCCAUCUACGCAGCAGCUGUGCCUGUCUCACUGAUGCAGGUGACUUGCUUUAGCAGUGGUAAUAAUUCAUGUAGUGGAGGAAGCAGUGAAAAGCACAACGACACUGAUCCAUGUUGGGGUUCUCUGAAAAGGAUAGAUGCCUAUAGGAUAUUUUUGACUAUAUUUAUUCUUUUCCUGGGGCCAUUUACAUUUUUCAAUGCUCAGAAGACAAAGUACCUCCAGAUCAUCACAUCUUUAAUGCGAUGGAUAGCUUUUACCAUCAUGAUUGUGUUAGCAUUAAUCCGAAUUGGCAAAGGCCAAGGAGAUGGCGACCCACCUGUAGCCAAGCUGUCUGGAAUCCCCAAUCUCUUUGGUGUGUGUGUUUAUUCCUUUAUGUGCCAGCACUCUCUGCCAUCUGUGGUUACACCCAUCUCCUCUAAGAAGCACAUUAACAAGCUCUUUUUGCUGGAUUACUUCUUCAUCCUUGGCUUUUACCUUCUGCUGAGCUUCACAGCCAUAUUUUGCUUCAAGAGCAGUUCUAUUAUGGACAUGUACACUCUGAAUUUUACCAACUGUGACAUUAUUAAAAUUGCCUUCUUUCGAUACUUUCUUGGACUUUUUCCUGUAUUUACAAUUAGCACAAACUUCCCAAUUAUUGCUGUAACCCUCAGGAACAACUGGAAGACCCUUUUCCACAGAGAGGGUGGGACCUAUCCCUGGCUGGUGGAUCGUAUUAUCUUUCCUCUCAUAACUCUCAUCCCUCCCGUUAUCAUUGCAUUUACCACCCACAAUUUAGAGAUGCUUGUGGGCAUUACAGGUGCAUAUGCAGGCACAGGCAUCCAGUACAUCAUACCUGCAUUCUUGGUCUUCUGUAGCCGCAAGGAUAUGCGCCUCAUAUUUGGCAGUCAUUUUGUCAACAAACAUCGUUCUCCCUUCAAGCAUACAUUCUGGGUAUUUUUUGUAUUUCUGUGGGCCGUCUUCUGCCUUAUGUUUGUGACUGCUAAUAUAAUCCUUACUGAAACCAAACACUAACAGAAAAACAUCACAGUUGUGGUUAUUUAAAGUGUUCACAAUGGCUUUUAGGAGAAACUGUACUUCUGCUAUAUAUUAAGGUUAUUUAUGACCAUUUUCAGAAGUGGAGACCUGGGUUCACUACUAAGAAGGUUAUUCACCCGUUAAUUGCUGAAUAAAGCCAAAUAGUCCACCUUUUUGUCAGGAAGGUCAGAUAUCAAUUUAAAAUUAUUAAAUACCACGUGGAAUAUGACAUAAGGCACAGUGUCUUGCAGGUAUAGGUCUAAUUAUACAUUAUUUAUUGGAUUAAAGAUUGUGGCAUCACAGCUUUUCAGCAGCACUUUAUUUGUAAUAGAGGAUCUAAACAUCUGUGAGUAGCAGGAACACAGAAUUGUUCCAUUAUGUCCUUGUAAAUGUUAAUUUCUCCAUUGCCUGUACACUUGUCUCGGAUAUCUCAAAAAUGUCUUUCUUUUAUAGAUAAUUCUUUUAAACUACUGCUUUUUGUUUGCAUUUGCCUGCCUUGUAGGCUGAAACCCAUGUCUGCAAGUCUCAAACUUGAGUGGAUAUUUUUGUGUGCCUACAGAUCUUUCUACAAUAUUUUAAUAUUGGAUUUGUAGGAAAUGUAAUAUGAUAAGCUGCAUAUAGAUAAUCACUUCUAAAAUAAUUUAUUAACACCUUU